CCUGCUCUAACAACGCGGGCCGUUGAACCAGUCUCUCUCGCUUGGUUAGCAUCGACCUGUCCGUCCAUCUUGGUCUAGAUGUGGUAGUGGCUCAGACAGGCUGUCAUCAUCUUGGCCUUCCCAUCGUUGUCAUCGCCAAUAUCUCCGGGACUACGCCUUCACUGCCCUGGUCGAACCGACAAAUCUUAUUUACCGUCCUACCGAGGCUCUACCCCGGAAUAACACAAGACAUUCACGGCACUGAUUGCCACACGACAACAGGGUGCGAAAGCCAAAGGCCAACCAACCUGAUAGUCAUACUGGUCUUCGAACAACAUAGCCAGGCGAGUCUUCCGGGUGCCCGCUAUCCCCACACUGUCUGUGUCUUGCCGUUGCCAUCGGAAGGUUGCAAGCACCCGUCUCUACCAACCUCAACCAACCACUGGUAGGACCAAGCAGAAGUUGUCAAACGGCUGCGCGAGUCCACACUUUAUUCCUCCUUGCAAGGAUCAACUGGGGCAGUCCUGCUCCCAUCUUGCUCUCCUCUUUGCCCCAUUGCCAGGCCAGCCACUUGUUUCGAAGGGGUUUGUGCGUGCCAAAGCAUUUGUGCUAUCACCACUCAGACCGGCACCCAUCUCUGGCAUCAAGUCAAGCUCCCGCAUCGCUUUACUUUUCGACGUAGGGGGCGCGCUUUGCAACGCUGAAUCCUUUGACCCAACAAUUUCAGAAAGGAAUAUUGAGCAAUAUUCAUCCGAUAAUUUUGCGCUCUUCAUUCGGGCCUGUCUCAGUCUUGAUCAAUAAACAAAGACUUUGCCACGAUCCGACUGUCUCCACCUGUGCAAAGUCUACCAAACACCUCUGGCUCAAUCUCUAACAUUAAGGACGCCAUUCUUUGUCUCUAUGCUUGGAUAGAUCCACCUAAUCUUAGCCUUGAUCCAUCCAAUCUUUCUGUUUGGCAGUGGUUCCAGCUUGUCUCCGGUCCCAGCACGUUCCCGGUCCCUUUGCACGACUGGGGAAGAAUCUGUCUUGCCUGGCCACUACUCUUGAAACAAGUCCUCUAGCCUUUGGCUCACUUUGUGGUUCACAGCUGCACGUCGAGGCAGAACUGGUUCGACCGAACAUCAACAAUCUAUCCCACCAACACCCAGAGACACUUGCCAGCUUUGUUUUGGUUCAAAGGAUCAUUCUCCGUCUCAGCCAUUUUUUUUUACUUUGAGACGACUGUUGUUUUCAUUGUACAGUCAACCAGCCUGGUAGGCUCAUUGAAGAAUAAAUCAGCACCCAUCCCGGCCAUUACAUCUUGUCUGCUUAACGAUUUGGUGUUCCUCAACUUCACUUUGGCCGUCACUCUUUCUUGAUCACGUCGACUCUGUUCGAAACAUUAGUACUUGUCGGAACUCACGAACGGAGGUGCCAGCCAUGGUCAAUACAUACGGGCAUGGCCAUUACACUCGGCCACAAUGGACGACGGAGAGACCUAAUGGCGAACACAUGCCAGACAAUGGUCGUUAUUACGAUACAGGAAUCAGAACCCCACCACCUUGAAGUAUUGCGUGAGCAGUGCAAGAUAAACCACCAGAGCUUCUUCCUUGCUGUUCUCACCGAAGAUGGUCAUACGGUAUACUUUACGGGACCGAAUAAGUUGCCAGAGGGUGAAAUCCAAAGAUACUUCGACAUGGAUCGAUUUAUCCGCUAUCAAAAACGGGCUGCUGAGAAUGGUCUCGCUGGGGCCUACGAUGAGAUGUCGUUCGGACCAGAGUAUCAUGGGCGUCGCGGGUGUGACCGCCGCAUGGAAACAGCCGAACAGUUCUACGAUCACGUGCCACCAACAUAUCGGACCCGAAAGCGCCAGAGGGCCAACGUUCCCAGACGUGUCCGCGAUGAUGACGAGCCGGCAGUGACCGUAUCCGCGAAGAAAGGCAUACGAAUCAAUAACGCGCAGGAAGUGUGGGAUUUCUAUGACCAGCGCUUCAAGAAGAUACAGCAGAACACAUGCAAACUGAUUGCCAAAGCGUGGAUCAAGGCGAUUGCACCAAAGAAGCAGUCUACACAUCCCUACACAGGAACCAAAAUUCCCGACUGGUGGCCAAAGCCUCUGGGCCCAACCAAGGAUGAGGGCAUGAGGCACAAGGAGCCGGACCACCUAUUCAAACCAGAGCGCCUCCGUUUGUUAUGCCACUUGUUGAGACUCAUCGUCGAACCCAACUCUCAGCAGCAUCCGAGCAUCCGGGCCCAAGAACUCACUGUCGCCAAGUUGGAGGAGUUGACAAUGGAGGCAAUGGGAGGCUUCUUCAGCGACAGGGCCAAUCCCAACCAAGCGAAAAAGAAACCCUUUUUAAAGGAGAUCUUCAAGGUUGCUAAGGUCGAAGAACAGUAUAAGAGGGGUGAAAUAGAUGGCGAUACGGUCGUAUACGUCAUGGCCGAUAACAACCAAUCAGACUUCCCCUCCGACGAUGAAGACGAUGCGUGUAGAGAGGAGGAUGACGAGCACCAUCUUUCGGCUUCGUUAGCGAGAUGUCGAUUAGAAAUCAAUAUCCGACUACUCUGAUGCCGCCAGAUCUCACAUCUGACCAGCACUAUGUGGAAAAUGGGGGGAUUCCGGUGGGAGGUCAAGCAUCUCUGCAGCAGCACGGAGCGCCUGUUCAAAUGCAGGAAAUGAUACCAAGUCCUCACGAAACAAGCCGUCGACCGUCCCUGUUCAGCUCGCCGUCCGACUACGCAAGCACUUCUGCCUCCGGGCUGUAUCCCGGUGCUUGGCAGCAGACUACAACAGCUCCAGGUAGCGCGACCAUAUAUUCCUUUGGUACUUCCAGUCAACAGCCUCAACAGCCGCCGCACCCGUCACUCCCUCACCCUCAAGGAACCUUUGUUUCG